UUACUUACCAGGCAGGUGAAGUCAUAGUAUCACGUGUUAAAGUUGGUAUUUAGAUGCUUUUCUGUCCUUACAGUCAAUACCAGGUUACACCUCUCUCGUUCAAUUAGAAUUGCAAUUUGCCAGUUGGAAAUGGUUUAUUCUCUUUACGAUGGGACCAUUGUGAUGGCCAAAAGUGCCCUCACUUCAUUGGCCCACAUCUUGCAUCAGGCUGAGCAACGCCCUAAUGCCACUGACCUCCUUACUGCACGUUUGCAAGACGAUAUGAAACCGUUGACCUCCCAAAUCCAUAUCGCUACUCAGGUCACGGAAAAAAUGAUUGCCAGGCUGACCGGUCGGGAGCAUGUGGUUUUCGAUGAGAACCUCAAAUCUUUCACUGAUUUACAUGAACGCCUCCAAAACGCGAUAACAGCACUCAAUGAAGCCGACAAAGACAUCGUUAAUCGGCGAGGUGAAGAAGUGGAACCUACGACAUUAGGGCCGGACAGAGUCUUGCCGAUGAGUGGGGCCGCAUUUGUCAAUGGUACUGCUAUUCCCAACAUCUUCUUUCACCUCACUAUCGCGUAUGCGAUUUUACGAAAGGAAGGUGUACCGCUCGGAAAGCGUGACUAUAUCAUGAGUUUUGUUGGACCACAACUUGCUGGAAGCUACUAGGAUGAGAAAUCAUAAUCGGAAAUCUGAAACCCGGGACUCUUUCUGGAACUGUACAUACUGUAUUUGCAAGAACACGUGUUGCUCAGUAAUGCCACUUCGCUACUUUGCUGGCACACUAUCUUGGAUUACCGAUCUUUGCCCACCAAUUUGGCUUUAGAUAACCCAGGGGUACCAAGGCCUCCGCAGUGUAACAGCCGCGAGAUGUACAGGAGAGAAA